CUAGCACUGGUCGACUUGAACAGAGUUCUGUGCUCGUCCAGAAGGCUCUCUUUAGCAAAUGAAGCCGUCGGUAUCGACGCCAGCAUGAUCCUGAGUAUGAUGCUCUGACCACGGCUUACGGUCAACAUGACGUCAAGUGUCCUCCAUCCGCUAGACCUGCUUAUAAGCACCUGAGGUACGGUAUAGGUCAACGCCCAAAUAUUCUGUGUAUCCCCCUCUACCUCGAGAUCAUGUUUGCGAUUCACCCGAACCAAGAUCAUCGCCCCAUGGUCCGCCUGGCGUGCCAGGUGCAGCCGUACUCGUACGGAAAGAAAGGGUCGAAGAGUCUCGCCGCGAGAUACGCGCUCGCGACGCCAGAGAACAACUUCAAGCUUGACGAGGACCAAGAAUAUGGAGAGAUUUGGAUGGGCGACCACCCCAACGGUCCCUCAAAAUCCGCGGCGACAGGCGUUGAGCUCGCGACCCUGAUCCAACAACACCCCGACGAAUUUCUUGGCUCCAAGGUCGCGCAAAAGUACCCGAACCCCACAAACGGCAAGCCACAGCUCCCCUUCCUCUUCAAGGUCCUUUCCUUCGACAAAGCGCUCCCUUUGCAAGCGCACCCGGAUAAGAAGCUCGCGGCGCAGCUGUUCAAGGACGAGGAGAAGAAGCAGGGCGGCGAGCACGAGAAGUUCGUCGACACGAACCACAAGCCGGAGGUGGCGGUCGCGCUGUCGGAGACGUUUGAGGCGUUCGUGGGGUUCAGGCCUGCGGAGGAGAUUGUGCAGUUCUUGCGCGAUGUGCCAGAACUGCGCGAGUUGGUAGGGUCGGACGUGUCGUCGUCGCCCGAGCUAGAUCGUGAGCUGAAGGAGAUCUUUGGCCGCACCUUUGACGCCGAUCCUGCUACCGUGCAGCAGCUGACGAAGUCGCUGGUGGAGCGCGUGGAGAAGGAGGGCGACGCGGCGCUGGGCGAGAUUGGAAAGAAGGAGGGCCUCGCGCGCGUCGUGAAGAAAGUGCUCGCACAGUAUCCAAACCCGUCAACGGUCGACCAGAAGAGCAUGUUCGCCGCCAUCUUCUUCAUGAACUUCGUCGUCGCCAAACGCGGAGAUGGUAUUGCCGUGCCUGCGGACUGCAUACACGCGUACUUGGAAGGCGACUGCAUUGAGUGCAUGGCGACCUCCGACAACAUGAUCUCGUGCGGCUGGCAAGGCGCGAUGGGCCCGCCAGACGACGCCAGCCUCUUCGUCAAGAUGCUCCUGCACAACCCAGGUCCCUCGCGCUACCUCGCGCUGCCCACGACUACCGUCUCCGCGCCGAAAGCUCAGUCAGGGAAGUUCACGACGGAGUACGGCAUCAGCAAGUUCAUGGAGGAAUUCUCGAUCUUGCGCGUAGACCUUCCUGGGGACGCGAAGGAGACUCUCCGACUCACUGGUCCGGCGAUAUACAUUGUGACGCGCGCUGACCAGGGCGUCGAGUUCAGUGUAGGCGCGGACGAGCAGCGCGCGACGCUGAAGGAAGGAGAGGUUAUUUUCGUGAAGCCGGACAACGACCUGACAAUCUCGGGCGUGCGCCGAGUCGGCGGUGGCAAUGUCGAAGUAUUCGGUGCAUAUUGUGAGGUGUAAUGGAAUUCAUGCGCUUUUCCCACGUGUAUAAUUCAGAUCGAGCGAAAAAAAACGAAGUGUAUAUGUAGACGACGAAGCGAUACCUGGGUUUGCUGGACGUGUGUGAAGC